AGAGAGAAAGAGCGUGUCUGUGGCCCUGGUAUCGUUUAUGAACGGGAGGUAUUUCAAUAGCUCUGUGCCAUUCGCUAAUAUCACAAUGCUCUCCGUCGCACGCAGAAUGAAGUGAGUUUGUAGUUAUGACUGUCGCAAGCCCACAGAAAACACCGAAAAUGCGCGCACCCAGCUCCGAUGAAUACCUGAAUCGUGAUACAACAGCAAAGCUUUAGUCAAGUGUCUACUUCAUUUUCAAGUUUUUCUCGUAAAUUGUACCAUGGGCUGUCCAGUGUCGGCUUUAGCCCCCAGGCCAGCUGUGGACCCUUUGGAAGACAUAGCUUUGGUGAAUCUUACGGACAAACAAAAGGGAAUGAUUAAGGAGUCGUGGAGCAGCAUUCAGCAGGAUAUAACCCGAGCAGGCAUCAUCAUGUUCGUCAGGUUGUUUGAGAGCCACCCGGAAUGCAAGGAGGUGUUCUUCGAGUUCCGUGGGGUGGAUGACACUGAAAUGCUUCGCGUGAAUAAAGAACUGCGAGCCCAUGGGUUGAGGGUGAUGUCCUUUGUUGAGAAGAGUGUGGCCCGACUGCAUGAGCCAGAGGUGCUGGAAAAGCUAGCCUUUGAUCUGGGAAGGAAGCACUACGGCUACAAGGCUAUCCCCAAAUACUUCAUAUAUGUCAUGCCGGAGUUUAUCAGAGCCAUCCAGCCAAUCCUGAAGGACGCUUUGACUCCUGAGCUGGAAGAUGCUUGGAAGGCACUCUUUGUGUACCUAACUGGGAUGAUGCGGCAGGGCUACCUGGAGGAGGAGAGGAGGCAGCGUAAGGCCGGAGCCCCGCCCACCAUAGAGAGACCUGACAGGAAGCACAGCGCCAUCUGAAGACCCUGCCACCCCACCCUGCCGCUUCCAGUCUAGGCUGCCGUCUCUGCUGAUGUUAGAGAUUCAAGCGGACAGGCUAAACAGCACUACCACCCAAUGGAAAUGAUGCCAUCUCCAUUAGAGCUCGGAGCUAAAUGCUUAUAAACCACUGCCUAUCCAAUGAUUUCCACGCCCAACAAUAUUACAGGGUCAUGCUAAUGGGCUCGCAUAUAUAGCUUCACCUAAAGACUGAAGUGCUUCAUUAUUUACCUCCACUGGUUAGCUGAUACAGUCAUGCGACAAUGCCAUUACUCGGCCAUUUACGGUUGCUUUCCAAAAAUAACUUAAUUUAACUUAAAAUAACUUAAUUUUUAACACAAUUAUGUGUCAGGAUCACUGCUUUAAAAGCUAAUCAGCACAAUAUAAUUAAUGCUUACGACCAAAUCAAUCACUUUUACCUCUAUUUGUUAGCCUAGUCUGCUAAAGAUUACAGGUAGAACCCCAAAAAUGACAUCUUCAUUACAAAACACUGUCCAUUAAUGAUGAUGUGUUUAUCACAGUGAGUUAGAAUUUUGAUCAAAUUGUUUUAAUACUGAUCGGGGGUAGUUACAUUACACAAAGGACAUUUCUAGUUAAUAAAUAGUCUGAAAAUGGGCAGCUAAGGUGUAAGUGCAGAGUUUUGUAUUUUUGCGUUGCUGUAAAGUUCUGCUGUUUUCUCUGAUUUUGUAUAUUUCUAAACAUCUGUUUUCAUUCAGUUGUUGUAUUUGACUGCAUUGUGUGGAAAUAAGUGUAAUAGGUGAUGUAUCCUUGUGAUGUGACCAGGGUUAUUAGCGUAAACUAAGACUAAAACCAAUAUUUAACCAAAUAACUUAAACAAAACAAAACUAAUAAUAAAUGCUAAAAAAAGAACAAAUACAAAUAAAAUAAAUAAAAAGAAAACACAAAAAAGAAUUGUCAUUAUCAUUUCAUGACAGCGGACGUUGUAGGCUAUAUGUCCAAGGCGGCGGGUGUCACAGUCUCAAAAUUCUGUGUAGGCCUACAGUAGCUAUAGCCGACAACUUCAUAGUGGCAAUAUAGCAUGUCAGGACCUACACCCCUAACUAAUGGCAAUAGGCAUUAUUAUCAAGUGAAGAACUCAAGACAGGUCAGGGAGAAAGUAUGUGAGUCCUGUAUGGGACUAUUUUGAAUUGAAUGUUAAAUGCGGUACAUAAGAAUGCAUGAUACAUUCAGGUAACAGCAUAUAUGUAGUUGAGUUGGGAAAAGUGCUCCAAAUCUUGAAGUUCAUCUUCAAAGUCACCAUAGAUGGGAUUAGACAUUAUCCAUGGGAAAGGAUGUAACAAGACAGGACAGGAGUGAAGAACACAACGUUUUCAACAGCCUAUAAGUUCACAUGUAAGUUCUUAAGAUUUAUUUUGUUAACUGUAGUGUGUUUCCAAAAAGCAUUAUUCACUAACCACAGAUUCUUUUUUUAAACCACAUUAAUCCUUGACAAUUUUUGGCCUUCCCUAAAAUUACUAAAACUAAAUGUGAAACUAUAGUAAAUCAAAACAAAACAGUAGUCCAUGAAAUAAAAACUGAACUGAAACUAAUGAAACCACUGAUAAAACUAAACUAAAAUUAAAUAGAAAUUCAGAUUGAAUACAAACCUAUUAUCAAAAAAACAAACGUACUGGAAAAUGAUAAACUGUUGUAACCUUGGGUGUGACAAACCUCUUUCGCAGAUCUGUUAUACGUUUCUUGUUUGUGACUUGCAGAGUGAGCAGUGGUUAGGCUAGCGAGCUUAUCUUACUUACUAAUGGUGUAUGCUACAGUGUGCUCAAUGCUUUUUUAAUAUACUUUGUUUCCCUGGCUUUUGGCUGACAUUUUGGAAAGUGAACUGUGUAUUGUUAACAACAGUUUGUUACUUUCUACCUUUGGGUUACAGUGUGACAAUAAGGCACACACGAUACACUGAGAGGACGUCACAUUCCUUCCACAAUAUUACGCAACUGAAAAAUAGUCCCACUCCGUGCUUUACCUUUGUAUACAGUUAAAAUUCACAAUCUCUGUUUGUAUUCACGACAAUAGCCAUUUGUGACACCAAUAAAUGCCUUCACCUCACUGAGACACAUUAUACCAGA